AAAUCCGCGGUCACACUGAUUGUUGUAUUGUUGUUGAUGGCAGCUGAAAUAAAAAACCAUGGCGGAUUUGAAAAAAAUGUGCCGCAUUUGUCUGAAAGACGCCGUGAACGCUGUGGACAUUUUUGCGAGACAGAAACCCGAUGAGAGCUUGCCCUACGAGCCGGAAGAUCUUCCGGCCAAUCUGAUUAAGGAUUGCACUGGGUUGAGUGUGCAAGAAGGAGACGGUCACCAUCAGCAUUUAUGCCAGCCGUGCUUUAGGCAGCUUCGGAAAGCCUUUCGAUUCAAACGCAAGUACUGCCGGAGCAUGCAAAACCAGGCUCCGGUGAAGAGAGAACCAACUGACGAGGAAAUUUCCAUAAUUCCAAACGAUGACGCCUGGCAGCCGCCACCAGUAAAGGUGAAGAACGAGGCAGAGAUCGACGAUGAUUCCACUGUGCCGGUGAUUAACGAGGAGGAACACCACAACACUGCUGCAGAAUAUUUUGAGAUCAUCGAGACCGACGACUUGGAAUUAAACAUCAAGACCGAGGAGGACGGAGAGGAGGAGAUGGAGGAAAUUACCCCCAACCCGCCACUGAUGAGGAGGCCUUUCACCAUCCGGGUAGUGGCGUCGCAGGAGGAACCCCAGCCAAAUAAUGCCGGACCACCACCGCUCCACUACCAGUGCAUACACUGUCCAAAGACGUUCCCCAAGAAGGUGCAGCUCCUUCUCCACAGUCGUGCGCACAAAAAAAGGGAGCUGCCAGACGCGGAGGAUCUACCGGCAGAAAGCUAUGACUAGCCCCGCCCGGAAUGAGAUUCGUAUCAAGUAAUCUUCAAAAAUAGAAUGUAUUUUGUCAGAGCUAGGAGAGAUCAAUGAUUUAGCUAUAAGGAAGGAACGACAUACCCGUACUAACAUGACAUGCUGGAAUGUAUAUUUAGUAUAGGACAGACAAAAGCUGAUUGACAGACAAUGGGGAAAGAACCCACAUAUUAUGUUACUUACAAUAAGAGGUUCAAAAUAUCCAGUUUUAGGUUUUGUCAGAUUGAAUCUACUGGCUUCGAUAGAGCCCCACCAAGGAGACAAUUUAACAAUGAAAACACACGAUUUUAUUUCAAAUAAAUUCUUGGAUAUUUCUCAACUUAAAAUUGCUAGAAAAUUGUUUUUGUUUUUCCAGAAUGUUCGAAGUUCGAUGACCGUUCCUGUACUCUAAUCCAGCGGUGGGCACUCCUUGCUCCCAUUGAUUCCACCUGACGAGGCACGAGACGCCAAGAGCGUAGCAGAUUGAUGCUCGACUCAAGUCUCGCGGAUGGAGGUUUCUUUUGUGGUUUUUUGGACUGUUCGGACUGAGAGCAUUAAUUCUAGCUCCGGGGAGUUAAUUAAACUAAUGGCUAAUGUACUAUCUAGCAGUUAGAUUUAUGUAAUUACUUAGGUAUGAUACAAAAGAUUCGUAUGCCUCGGGGCACGUGGUUUUUGUCAUUCGAUUUUGAUACAUUUUGUCUCCUUUGAUUCGAAAUUAUAAUUUAU